UGGUAAAAUACCACCGUUCAUCGUGUGACGCUUUCCUCUCGUUGUAUUUUGUCGCUGUCUCUGGUGCUGAAACAACUCUGGUGCUUUACACAGCAGAUUAUAUAAAGUAAUCCGAUACAAGGACGUUUUUAAUUUGACGCGUUUAAGUAUUAUUAAAAAUCAUUAAUUGACAUUAUUGCAAUAAAAUCUAAUGUCAUAGAUUUUCUUUAGUUCUUUCUCUUUUAAAGCCAUAGUGCCAUUGCACAUUCUCGGCUUGCCUCAUAGUGUCACUCUUCACCAAUUUGAAAUUCUGUGCUAAAGAAACACACCCAUUAGUGCUUUUUAUCCGGGGACAAUGCAACGAUACGUGCACCACUAAACAAGGAAAGUGCGCGCUUCUACGUCUGCUUUGUUUAGAAAAAUUAACGUUUUAAUUAAAACCCAUUAAAAUCAGAAUGGAGAUUUUAUAUAUGAGACAAACAAAUAUGUCGAAAAGGAUUUUAUUUUUUUCUUUUUGGGCAGUUGCUUCAUUCAUCAGCGCGGUCGUUGUGGCAGACAUUCGUUAUUCUGUACCUGAGGAAUCAAAGACAAAAUACAUAAUCGGAAGCUUGAGCAAAGAUCUUAAUCUGGACUUUAAAGGUUUAAGAUCACGGAAGGCGAGAUUAGAUUACCAAGGUGAAGCGCGGUAUUGUGGAGUAGACCUUGAUUCAGGACACAUCGUUGUUUUGGAGAGAAUCGACAGAGAGACGCUAUGCGGACCAACGACGCCUUGUGUUUUACAUUUUGAGUUUAUUCUCGAAAAUCCUCUAGAGCUUCACAACGUGAUUUUAGAGAUACAAGACGCCAACGACAACACGCCCGUCUUCCCAAAGGACUCGAUCAAGCUUGAGAUAAGCGAGACUGCACCGAUUGGAAGCAAAUUUCAAAUCGCUAGAGCCAGAGACUUGGAUGUAGGAAUAAAUUCAGUGCAAAAUUAUAUCAUCAGUCAAAACGUGCAUUUCGACAUUGAUGCAAGAUCGAGUAAAGACAGGUACGUGGACAUUGUUUUGAAAAGCAACCUCGAUCGAGAGAAAAAAGCGGAACACUCUUUAACGCUGACUGCCGUGGAUGGCGGAAAUCCGCCUCGAUCUGGUUCUGUUGUUAUACAAAUUUUGGUUCAGGAUGUAAACGAUAAUGCUCCGAUUUUUUUCGCAGUCUCUGUACAGGGCUCAGUUAUUUGAAAAUGCAGCUCCUGGGACGUCCGUUAUUAAAAUUUUGGCGAUAGACAGGGACGAAGGAGUGAACGGUCAGUUAACGUAUUAUAUUAACCACCUCUCGGAGAGUACAAACAAUC